UGCUUUAAGAUUUGAGCUUGUUGACAACAAACGUUUAGACCGAGUAGUUUAGAAGAUUAGCUAGUUAUUUACAAUAUCGUAAUUUGAAGCUAGAUCAGUUGCUAUGUAGAUCCUACGGAAGCGUAGAGGAUAGAGGAUGCCUCAAGAUUCAUCAGCCAGCGAUUGCAUCCGCUUAGAACCGCUAGGAAGGUUGAGGCAAAAUCAAAACGGGAAUGUUAGAGCAACCGACCAAGCUAGGGACCAGUUGGUGAAAUUUUCCGUAGUAACUGGUGGAAACAGCGUCGAGGCGGUUGUCUGGAGGAGGGGAGUGAUGAGCGAUCCAGAUGUUGACGAUGUCGCAUUUCUUACAGGAGCCGUUGCAAGAAGUGAUAGCCCAGAUGGAGUGGUCAAGAAGAGCUUGUAUGAGAAGAAUGGGGUGGCUGCGUGUUCCCACAAUAGAGCGCUAUGCAUUGCCACUGUGGUGUUUGCCCUACUCUUCACCGUUGCAGUCAUCAUCGCAUUCACAGGACCGCAAAGUGAUUGCACCUGUGCCGGAGAGAAACCAGAGAACUUCGUCGGCGAACAGUCGAACGUGACGAAAAUCUUCGUCCCGAGGGCUACAAACGGUCAAAUCUUUCCAUGGAACAAUAUCCGUCUUCCCAGCAAUGUAAAACCCUUCCGGUAUAACAUAACGAUCCAUCCAAAUUUGACUACUUUGGAAGUACAUGGACAUAUAACCAUAGAGAUUUAUGUGGAGAAAGAUACUAAUUUUAUAGUAUUGAAUAGCCAAAAUUUAACUAUAACAAAAUACAUGGUCCAAGACCGAAAAGGGCAUAACUUGACUGUUACGAGAUUAUUAGAAUAUACUGGAGCUCAACAACUGUACCUUGAAACUAGAGAAAGAUUCAAAAAGAAACACAAUUAUACAUUGUUUUUUAGAUAUAACUCUAAGCUGAGUACGGAAUACGAAGGUUUUUAUAUAUCAAGCUACGUCUCCAGUGAAGGAGAAAAAAGAUAUCUGGCCACUACUCACUUCGAGCCAACCUAUGCAAGGGCAGCAUUUCCCUGUUUUGACGAGCCACAUUUCAAAGCAAGAUUCAGGAUGACAAUACUGAGAGAUAGGCAUCACAUUGCCCUGUUCAAUAUGCCAAUACGAGAUACUGAAGAAGCUGGUUUUUAUGUGGGAAAAGGACUGCUACAAGACGAUUUUCAAGAAUCCGUAGAAAUGAGUACCUAUUUAGUGGCUUUCAUAAUAUGUGACUACGACCAUAUCAGUAACACUACAAGAAAGGGGGUAUCCGUAUCUGUUUACACUCCCCCGCCUUAUAUUUCCCAAGCCUCCUUUGCACUCGACACUGCUAUUCACAUAAUGGACUUUUUCGAAGACUUCUUUGGCAUACCAUAUCCUUUACCGAAACAAGAUUUUGCUGCGAUACCAGACUUUGCAACUGGUGCAAUGGAGAACUGGGGCUUAAUCACCUUCAGAGAAACUGCCAUUUUAUAUGACUCUGUAGAAACAUCAACAUUUGCACAUCAAUGGAUUGCAGUGGUCAUUGCCCAUGAACUGGCACAUCAGUGGUUUGGAAAUUUGGUUACGAUGAAAUGGUGGAACGAUUUAUGGCUAAACGAGGGAUUCGCUAGUUUCUUGGAAUAUUUGGGUGUUGACAGUUUAUUUCCCGAAUGGAAGAUGUUGGAUCAGUUUAUUUUGGAUAAAACCCAGCCGGCUCUAGCGCAAGAUGCUCUUUCGAGUAGCCAUCCAAUAUCUGUUCCAGUCGAUGAUCCUUCUGAAAUCAAAGCUAUUUUUGAUACAAUUUCUUAUAGUAAGGGUGCAUCAAUUUUACAUAUGCUGGGAAAUUUUCUACAAAUGAAUAUCCUACAAAGUAGUCUUAACGAUUAUUUGAAUGCCUAUAAAUUUAGUACAGCGGAGACCAAAGAUUUCUGGAACAUAUUCAGCAAAAAUACUAAUCAAUCCCUUGAAGUGAAGAACAUCAUGGACACUUGGACCAAUCAAAUGGGUUUUCCCUUGAUAACGCUAUUUAGAGAAGGUAAUGAUACACUGGCCAUACAGGAAAGAUUUCUUUUAACUACUGAAAGCACCAACCACACGAUUCGUUUGCUUCCAAAAUCGAAAUACGAAUAUAAAUGGUAUGUUCCGCUAACUUAUUACACAGAUUUGGAUACAUCCUCGACCAAUAUUGUUUGGAUGAAUAUGUCGGAUGCUCGAUUCGAACUUGGUCCAGAUGUGAGGUGGAUCAAAGCAAACGUGAACCAGUCAGGCUUUUACAGAGUUAUGUACGAGGAUUCGAUGUGGAAAGAGUUGAUAAACGUUUUGAAAACGAAUCAUACCCUCUUAAACCCUGCAGAUAGGGCUAAUCUGAUAGAUGAUGCUUUCACCUUGUGCAGGGCUGGUCUGUUGAACGCGAGUGUCCCCUUGGAUCUGUCAUCUUAUUUGAUUCACGAGAGAGAUUAUGUCCCUUGGUCAACAGCGAUUGAACACUUCCACGCAUGGAGUAGACGGCUUUCAGAAGGAUUAUCAUACAAGCUCUUUCUUCAGUAUAUGAGGAAACUUUUCACCCCAAUAGUGGAGCAUGUUGGAUGGGAAAACAAAGGAUCUCAUUUGGACAAAUUGAUGCGAUCCAACAUUCUCGCAACAGCAGUGAUGUAUGGCUUGAAUGAUACGGUAACAAGAGCUAGAAACGAAUUUCGAAAGUGGAUGGAGGACAACAAAUCCAUAAAUCCAGAUUUCAAGGAAGUCGUAUACUCUGCUGGUGUUAAAUAUGGUGGAUCUCAAGAAUGGCAGCAUUGUUGGAACGUUUACAACUCCACUAAAAUACCUAGCGAGAGAAGACUGAUGCUGAAAGCUUUGGGAGUUUCCUCAGAUCCUUGGAUUUUACAGAGAUAUCUACUGUACUCUUUGGACAGGAAUAUGGUUAAGGCUCAAGACAUGAAGAUUGUUCUAGCUAUUGUUGCCUCAAAUCCUGAAGGAAGGCUUUUGGCUUGGAGGCACUUGAAAGCAUAUUGGCCAACAAUGCAUGCCACAUUCGGUAACGCUACUUUUAUGAUGGGAACCCUCAUUUCAGCUGUAACUACCCAUUUAUCAACUCCGUAUGAUUUGUAUGAGGUGACAACAUAUUUCAAUGGAAUGGAUGUUGGUUCAGCCACAAGAGCAUUGGAACAGAGUAUAGAAACCAUUAAACUCAAUGUUAAUUGGGUAAGAAAUAAUGACGCAGACAUAUAUAGAUGGUUACAAAAUUACUUAAAAUAGGAUAAAUUACUUUUAUGAUGUAUAAUUAUUUCAACCUUAUCAUCUUCUCUUCAUGUUACUGUCUAUUUUUGUAUAUGUAUAUAAAAUAAACGUACUCUUUUCUGGAUAAAA